AUGGAGUUAACUAAUGUCAUUUUUUAUGUAAGGAAGCUUCCAUUUUGGAUAAUUGAUGAUCUCUAUGCUGUAGAUUUCUUAUCAGAAGUUCUUCAAAUUCAAAUUGUUCCACUGCAUACCAUUUCCUUGAAGAACUUAUCAAAGAUGAAUAGCCUUGAGAAAGAGAAUAUACAUCUUCUUGAGAAUCUUUCUAAUGUCAAAGAGGAAGUUGCUAAUUGUUUGGAGUUUGCUAGAAUAUUAUCCUCAGGAGUUGAUAUCUUUGUCAAUGAUUCCUUCUCCAACUGUCACAAAGUUCUAGCAUCUACUGUUGGUGUUACCCGUUUCUGCUAUGCCUGUAUAGCUGGUUUUCACUUUGAGGAGAGGCUUGAUCUACUGAAGAAUCUUGCAGAAGCCAGCAUGAAGCCAUAUAUAGCAAUUAUUGGAGGGGGUAAUCUCUAUGAUAAAGCAGCUUCCUUUCAGUUUUUAGCUUCCAGAUGCCAAGGGUUUGUUUUUGUGGGAAUGAUGUCAUUUCAAGUAAUGCACGCAUUAGGAGUAUCAAUUCCUUGUAAUUUAGUGGACCAUAAAGCACUUAAUGAAGCUCUAGACAUAGUGAGACUUGCUCAAGAUAGAAAUAAAAUAAUUUGGAUUGGUCCAGUGAAAUUUGUUGAUUCAAGUGAAUACACCAACGGGGCUUCUAAAUUGGCAAGAAUUCUAGAUAAACUAAGCCAAAACAACUGUGAAAUAACAGUUGUUGGGACUAUGGCAAGCAAACUAGUGAGACAGGAAAAAUGUUCAUUGUCCUUUAUAAAUAUUAUUGAGAAUGCUUCAGUUGUAUGGGAAUUUCUCAAAGGUAGAAAGCUCCCUGCUGUUAUGGCCGUUGACAGGGGAUACCCUUUUGAAAUCAACUGGAACACCAUUUACUCUGACCCAGCUCAACCUCUGGUUGUUGAUAUAGGAAGUGGCAAUGGCCUUUUCCUUCUUGAAAUGGCUAGAAGGAGGCAAGAUUUAAACUUCCUUGGUUUGGAGAUCAAUAAAAAGCUUGUUUCACGCUGUCUGGAUUCUAUUCAUCAAUUUGGUAUAAAGAAUGGGUACUUUGUUGCUACCAAUGCAACAUCAACAUUCCGAUCUAUUGUUUCUACUUACCCAGGAGUGUUAAUUCUCGUCUCUAUACAGUGUCCAAACCCUGAUUUCAAUAAACCUGAGCAUAGAUGGAGCAUGCUGCAGAGAUCUUUAAUUGAAGCAGUGGUGGAUCUUCUAGCACCCAAUGGGAAGAUCUAUCUGCAAUCUGAUGUAGAAGCCGUGACAAUAAGAAUGAAACAACAAUUUUUGAGAUAUGGCAAGGGUAAGCUUGAUUUGGAGCAGGGCCAAAGUGAGUGGCUUGAUGAAAACCCAUUUGGAGUUAGAUCAGAUUGGGAAAAACAUGUUUUAGAGCGUCGCGCCCCGAUGUACAGGAUGAUGUUUUCUAAAUCACCUGAUAUUAGGGAAAUCUCUGCAUGCAUAAAAAAUGAAAACGACCCUUCAACAAGAUGUCACCAUGAGUAA